AUGAGUAUGGACGCUGGCGGUCUUGCUCAGAUGACUUACAACUCAUCUUUCAAUAAUGGCCCGUCGCUCGGUGCUCCUGGAUCCGGCUUCGGAUCCCGGAGGAAGGCUCCCAAUGUCAAGCGCUUGAAUGUGCCCCCGCCACAUAUCUCGACCAUUGAUGAGUCGCAGGCUUCUGCGACGGUUGCUACCCCACGGACCAGUCGCUCCCAUCUUUUGGCGGGUUUGAGAACUGCGCCCAAGUCAGCUACCGUCCCCUCUAACAACCAGCGCCGGCAGCACCUCGGUCUAGAAGGAGACCGGUAUGGCCAUUUCCUCAAUCGCACUGCCGAACGCAACGUCCCCCAAACUGCGACGGGAACUGGAUUCCCACGACACUCAUUGAUGAUGAACCAAGGACUCGACACCAACGCGGGUCAUCCUAUGUAUACCUUGCCGGAGCAGGUCCUCGCACCUCCGGCUAUUGAUUUUCCUACUGACGUCCCCAUGGACGACAAUCUGUAUGCGGAACUGAUGUCUACCAACCUCUUCCUUGCUGCCCAGCAACAGCGUUUGCAACAGCAACUGCUCAGUGUCACCGCUGCUGCCCAACAGUUCCAGGGUUUGAGCCUGGGUGCGAGUCUUGCUCAACAGCAGCAGGACUACUCCCAGAUGUCCGUACCCAGUAUGGGUUUCUAUCAGCAGCAGCUUCAGCAGGGUGUGCAGCCAGUGGUUCAGCCUGUUGCUGGUCAGCCAGGGCUGUUCUCCGUCUACAACCCGUUGACUGGUCAGAUUAAUUAUAUUUAUGACAACAACACGCAGCAAGAUCUCUCUCCGCCUUAUCAGUCCGAGGAGGAGGUCCCCUCCCCCCCACUGCACGUUCCAUCUUUCAGGGCCGAGGUUUCGCCACCUCUUGAAUCGAUCAAAUCGCCCGUGACCGUGUCUGAAGAGGUGUCUUCCAGCGGCGCCCCAACUUCUGAAGAUGGCAUUGCGCCCCUUCCUCCGCCAUCUGCCAAUGCUUUCCGCAGGGCUCACAAGAAGAACACAUCUUUUGGGCCAGGACCCAGGACCGGCAUUGACACCAACAAAGCUAACAGCGCCGCUCAUAUCACCGGUCCCAGGACUGCCCCGAUCCUGACUCCUGCCACUGGAACCUUUGGUCCAGGUCAGGGUCGUGCUGGGGAGCACCCCGUCCGUCAACCUCGUGGCCCGCCGUCGCUUGAGGAACUAGUUGCUAAACCAACCUCAAGGCACGAAGGAAGCAAAAAUUUUGCCACCCGUCAGCGUCGCCGUGCCGUCCAUAACUUGGUGCGUGCAGGUAUCGAGCGCCGCGGAGAUUCUCGAAGCCUAGGACACAGCAGCGGGGGCACCAACACUCCUGCAAGCGAGAAAGAAUUCACCUUCUCCGAUAAUGACGAUGCCACGGUUCGCAGUGCUAGCCUUUCGAGCAAACCCAGUCUAGGCAGUCUGCGCGCUGUUGCCAACGGUGCCAUUGGCUCUGAGAGGAAGGAGAAAUCCUCCCGGGAGCGCAAGUCGCCGGACAGUCCGUUUAGCACAAACUCCCUCAACGAGAAAGACGGGUAUUUUGCAGGCAAGUUCGCAGAACACCCUUCACCCGAGAAUGGAUCGCCAUCCAUUGCUGCUGUCGUCGCUGGUCAGAAGACGGUAGCCCAGGGUACGGAUAGGCGCAAGACUCCUAUGCUUGUGCUGUCGAGCGCCGAAAAGCGCAAGACUCCGAUUGUGUGAUGCGAACCUCGUAUACAUAAUAUGACCGAAACGUAACGGACCCAUUACUGUUAUUGGGAUGAUUGUCAUUUUCUGUUUUCCUUCAUGUCUAGCUUUUGAGAUUUUCUACUUUCUUUUCUUUACGCAAAGCAACACGCAAAGUUGCUUUCUUGCCCACUCAAAUCAAUAUAAACAGAUUUGGUUUGUCUUGGUAUGGUGAUGCAAUUCCGAGGGCUCUUGCUCUCCUUUCUGUUCUCAUUACAAACUGUGUUUGGAAUUGAAGACUCGAAAUUCGACAAAUUCCAGACUUUCUUCUCCUUGGUAUGAUUGUCCACACCCACUGGAUGGAUUGGAGUGUCUUCUCCAUUUCAUACAUUGUUUUUUUCCCGGUUGGUAUAAAAUAGGAUUCAGUACCAAUCCAAAUAUAUCGUUUUAUCUCCUG